AUGCAGGUAGAUAGUCUAAUGCCAUACAUUUUGACUGUGCUACGCGAAACCAUAGGGGACGCGGCUGACAACAUUCGUCUUGGAAACGUUCGUUGUGUUAGCGCAAAGAGGGGUUGGUGGACUUCAAGUAUUAAACAGCAGAUUUGGGAACGCGGUGGAGCCGGAUGGAUGGUGGGGAAAAUCAAUGUUGGGAAAAGUAAUCUCUUUGAGUGCAUCUUCCCCAAAGGUCGAACGAAAUGUUUGAAGUCUGACACCUUACGACGAGCCACAAGCGAUGAAGAUAAGGUCGAGACCCAAAUGCCGCCUGCAGCCACAUCUGUGGAUUCUUUGACUGUAAUCCCACAGAACAAAUUCCUCAACACAGGGAGGACGAGGCAGGAGUCAUUUCUAUCCUCGCCUACCGUGGAAACAGCGUUUCCGAUUUUGCCUUUGGUAUCCUCUCUGCCAGGGACGACGGUGCGCCCAAUCAGACUUUCAUUUGGCAACGGGAAAGGCGAGCUCAUUGAUCUUCCGGGGCUAGAUCGUGGUCACCUUGAGACCUACGUCCAAGAUCACCUCAAAGAUGAAUUGGUCAUGCAGCAUCGACCCAAGCCAUAUCAGCUUUCAAUAAAGCCAGGGCAGUCCCUCUUGGUCGGAGGCCUUGUGCGAAUCACGCCACUGUCAAACGAUUUGAACUUUCUGGCAUUUCCGUUCGUGCCUCUGAAAUGCCACGUGGCUUCUACUGACCACAUCAUCUCGAAACACACCCAAGAUAGCUCAUCCGCGGCUCAUAGCAUUGUUAAGCCCGGUGUGGGUCAUCGUAUGUUUUCUGCCGGCCAAUUCGCCCUUCGAUGGGACGUGACAAAGCAGCGGGCUGGACCAUUGACUAGGAAAGACGCAGUUGGUCUUACCUCUGCUACACUGCCCUUUGCUGUAUUUUCAGCAGAUGUAUUGAUUGAGGGGUGUGGAUGGAUUGAGCUGGUCGCACAGGUCCGUAAAAAGGACUUGGAGUGCCUUUCUUCACCUACGGCAAGUAUUCUUGAUGACAAACCCUACCCUCGCUUUGAGGUUGUCCGCCUCAUCAAAGUCCCGAAGUCGGCCAAGACGAAGUUUGAAAGGGCUGAAAAGCGCCAAAACGUAAAGUACAUUACGGUCUGCUUCUCUUGA